AUGGCCGCAGCAUUCGACAGACGCCGCGUAAACGGCCCACAGAGUCGCCCGCUCCUACCCGCCCUCGACGCAUCCGCAUCGACAUCGGCAUCCACAUCCCGCCCCGGCCCCUCUGCCUCGUCGACCUCCUCAUCCACCACGACCCGCCCCGACGGCAGGACACCGUUGCAGCACCGUCCCAUCUUCCUCCAGACCGGACUCGUACCCUCGGCGAGCGGCAGCGCGUACAUCGAAACGGGCAACCUCAAACUCGCCUGCUCCGUCUUUGGUCCGCGCCAGGUCAAAGGGCGCCAGUACGCCGGCAAGGCCGAGCUCAACGUCGAGGUCAAGUUUGCCCCGUUUAGCAACAGAAGGAGGAGGAGGCCUGGAAAGACGACGGAAUCAGCCACGCUCUCGGCCCUCGUCUCGCAGGCGCUGCUUCCCUCUCUGCGCCUCGACCUGCUCCCCAAGGCCUCGCUCGACAUCCACAUCCUCGUCCUCGAGUCCGACGGACCCGAAGAGAGCUGCGUGAGCGCCGGCACCAUUGCCGCCUCGACGGCGCUCGCAUCGGCCGGAAUCGAAAUGUACGGCAUCGUCGUCGGUGCCGUCGCGCUCCUCCCGUCCGCUCGAUCGUCCUCGUCUGCCGCCGUCGCCGGGGGGCCAUAUCCGCUCAUCCUCGAUCCCACCACGUCGGACCUUUCGUCGAGCAACAACGGUGCGAGGGGCGCAUCGAGGAUCCUGCUCUGCGGCAUGCCCGCCCUCUCGAGCGUCACCUGUCUCGAUGUGCGCGGUGGGGCCCUCGACCCAGCCUCGCAGGUAGGGUUGCAGGACGAAAGGCUGCAAGAGGCACUGGCGACCAUGUCGGCAUCGCUCAACGACAUCCACGGCGUCGUCGCACGAGCCCUCGCCCACGACUUUGAAAGACGCAGGGCGGUCCUCGACCAACCUGCCCCCUCGACCUAG